CAAUUACACACUAAGUAACACACACACACACUAAUACACGACCUGCAGCCUCGCCACCAUUUUGCGUUUAAGCUUACCAACAGCCAGGUUUAAAGGUGGAAAACAGCCUAUUUUUUCGGCAAUGGACGGGAUCGCUAGUGAUGUUGCAGUGGGCGUAAAGAGAAGUUCCGAUGAUUUACUCUCUGGAAGUCUUUACAGUAGUCCAAACACUUCAGUUAAGGCUAAUGGAAGCGACAGCAAAAAGCUGAGAGUGGAGGACAGCAUGGACAACCCGCCCUCCAGAGUCAUUCACAUUCGUAAACUCCCAAAUGAGGUUUCUGAGACAGAAGUCAUUGCCCUGGGCCUGCCCUUUGGGAAAGUCACCAAUAUCCUGAUGCUGAAAGGCAAAAAUCAGGCAUUUCUGGAGCUUGGAACGGAGGAAGCAGCGAUCACCAUGGUCAACUACUACACAGCAGUGACCCCUCAAGUGCGAAAUGCUCCUGUGUGUAUCCAGUACUCCAACCACAAGGAGCUCAAAACGGACAGUGCGCUCAAUCAGCGUGCCCAGGCCGUUCUGCAGGCAGUGUGUGCCGUUCAGGAGGGAGGUUCUCCAAGCUCAGACUCUGCGGGAGAGAGUGUGUUAAUACCACCGCCAAGUCCAGUCCUGCGCAUCAUCAUCGAUAACAUGUUUUACCCGGUGACACUGGACGUCCUGCAGCAGAUCUUCUCCAAGUUUGGUACAGUGAUGAAGAUAAUCACAUUCACCAAAAAUAAUCAAUUCCAAGCACUGCUUCAAUUCAGCGAUCCUGUAAAUGCUCAACAGGCCAAACUGUCACUGGAUGGACAGAACAUCUAUAACUCGUGCUGCACGCUGCGCAUUGACUUCUCCAAGCUGGUCAACUUAAACGUGAAGUACAACAAUGAUAAGAGUCGAGAUUACACAAGACCCGAGCUUCCUGCAGCGGACGGCCAGCCUUUCGUAGAUCCGACGAUGGCCGCUGCACUUGGCAAGGACUCCACAUCCCUGCUUGGGUCAAUCAGUCCUCUAAGUGCGGCAGCGGCGGCAGCUGCAGCAGCUGGGCGAGUCGCUCUGUCAGGACACUCUGCGGCUGGUGCAGUUCUGCUGGCCAGCAAUCUCAAUGAUGAGAUGGUUACGCCCCAAAGUCUCUUUACCCUCUUCGGUGUGUACGGGGAUGUGCAACGAGUCAAGAUCCUCUACAACAAGAAGGACAGCGCCCUCAUCCAGAUGACAGACGGAAAUCAGGCACAGUUAGCCAUGAGCCACCUGAAUGGGCAAAAGAUGUAUGGGAAGAUCAUCCGGGUGACUCUUUCCAAACACCAGACAGUGCAGCUUCCUCGAGAAGGCUUGGACGAUCAGGGCCUCACUAAAGACUUCAUCAACUCACCCCUGCACCGUUUCAAAAAACCCGGAUCAAAGAAUUUCCAGAACAUCUUUCCUCCAUCAGCCACACUCCACCUCUCCAACAUCCCUGAGAAGGUGGAUGAAGAGGACCUGAGACUUCUCUUCUCUAACUCUGGAGGCACCGUGAAAGCCUUCAAAUUUUUUCAGGAUCGCAAGAUGGCCCUGCUGCAGAUGUCAACGGUGGAGGAGGCCAUUCAAUCGUUGAUCGACCUCCAUAGCUACGAUAUGGGUCGCGGUCAUCGCCUCAGAGUCUCCUUCUCUAAAUCCACCAUUUGAAAGGCGGUGCAGCUUGCACCCAUUUCUCGACCCCUCCUCCCCGUGGAGUGUUGAGCAGUUUUAGAGUUCAUUUGGAUCAGUAAUUCCCGAAGACUAUAUUAGAAACACGCAGGCACCAUUAUUCUCUUUUUUUUUCCUCAGUCUUUCUCUUCCUGUCGUUACCCAUUGGUUGCUCCCACAACAAAAUGUGCCUUACUUAUACAAUACAGCAUAACCCCUCCCAAACCCCCACACCGUUCUUACUUUACAGGUGAUCUAGAAGUGUAGGCACAUUCCUUUGUUUGUGGUGAGGUGUUUUUGUUAGCCCUGAUUACGCCCCACUACACUGACCUGCUGUUCUGUUCUGUAGUAUCUGCAAAACCAAACUGGAUCUUUUUUUAAGGCCAAUUUUAUGGGCUUACUUUUUUGUUUCCAAACACCAUUUAGAUAUGAAUCUACUGAAUACGGGUGACAUGAUUUGAUGAACAGCCACCUGCUAUCACACAUUAUUUUUUGUAUAUCUGACAGAUUUAAUGCUGGAGACACACACACACACACACAGAGUGGGCAGUGUAGUAUAUUAAUGCAUUACAACACUUCUCCCCCCCCCCAACACCGUAGUUGUGUUAAUGUGCCCAAGGUCUAUUCAGUCAUCUUUAGUGAUCAUUAGCAAAAGCAGACAGUUAGUUUAUAUGAUGUUGUUUGUAAUCAGAUGUCAACUGAUCAUUCUGAACACCGCAAUCAACUCUUAACAAUGCAACAUGUCCUUGAAACAAACUCUAAUUAAAGAGCACUGAGGGAAUCCAUUCCUUUGUUACAGGUUGUUUUCUCAAUAUAAAAUAGUUUUUAUUAAGAUAAUGAACUGAAUGUUUAGGUUUGUAGAUGCUGUGGGUUUAAAGAGGGCAGCUAGAGAUGAAACCUUUUAAAUAAUAAGGAACAAUGACACGUUUGACUAAUUUCUACCUGGCAAACACUUUGCUAAUUAGCUUCUGUUAACUGUACAGCUACCCUAUUAUCCUUAAAUAGUUUCCCGAUGCGCAGAGAGGCAGACGAAAACCGUAUACAAAUUCUCUUUUCUAUCCAGGAUUAUGGAAGAUUGAUUCAGAUUUAUAUACUCCGAAGCAAGGUUUAAAAAUGUAUAAAUGAAAGCAGUGCCACUCCAUUUUGUGCUGAGAUGACAUCGAUUCAAUUCUUAAAGACCUGUCCUGUCAUUUUAUUUUUCAUGCAUUUGUGUGAAUCGUGCUUUUUCAGAUAGACAUCGACGUAAGAUUUAAGACAUUUUGUUGGCUGUUGACUGAAUCUGACCGCACCUCAAUCUGAUCGCUGGGCUUUGUUGAUUUCAUUGUGAAGCAUUUGAGCGCUCGUAUGUACACUACCGGUGAAAUGUUUGGAUGUACUUGCUUAUGGUGAGGUUUCUUCAUUUUGGCAUUUUCUCAACCAGGUUCAUAAAGAGCAAAAACGUCCUAUCUAGUCAGAGCCUCCUGGCUGCUUCUUCCAAGUCCUAAAUGGAAAUAAGAUGGAAAUGAAUUAGAAAUUUGUAAAAAGAUAUACAUUCUAUUCAUACUUUUGACUGGUAGUGUAGAUGAACCAUUAGGACCAAAGCUGCUGUGCCUUUUGACUUCUUUUUCUGCAUGUUGGAUCAAAGCUGUUUCAUUCAGCAUUGGGUUUUUCCAUUUCAAAAGGGGAAAACAAAUCCGGAUUUUUACCAAACAUUGAAAAAACGUGUGUGAAUUCUCCAUUGAUAUUUGCUGUGUUUGAGGCUCGGGAGGUUGUUACUCUGUUAUAAGAUUAAAGAAUCUGUGGUCUGAGGUUCAGAAUCAUGGAAGGGCUGUGUAUAUUUUCUACAUGGGUUGCGUUUUUACAUCUGUACAAAUUCAGUGUGAUUUGGAAGUGAUGCGAUUAAAAGUUCUUUUUGUCUACCAGACUCAUGCUGUAUGCUCCCUGUGUGCUUUCUCCUUCUGUAGCAUGCUCAAUAAACUCCUAUCACUCUGUAUUCACA